AUGUUUGCCAUUCGUUGUUUCAGAACUGGAAUAAAACAAAAUAGUCCGUUUAAAUUCCAAAUGCGUAAGGAAUCUAUGUUUCACAGAGGCGUGACAUUCUUUUUUAAGAAAAACCUAUUUUUAACAAACAGUUUAACGUCUGGAGUUUGUAUGGCUCUUGGGGAUUUGGUGCAACAAGAAUUUGAAUUUCAAACCAAAGUAUUACCUCAAAGAUAUGACUGGGCAAGAGCAGCUCGUAUGUUCACAGUGGGAACAGCGAUGGGCCCUUUACACCACUUUUAUUAUGAUUAUUUAGACAGAUGGUUACCUAAGGUUAAUAUAAAAACAGUAUUUUUAAAAAUAGGAUGUGAUCAAGCAUUUGCGUCACCAGUAACACUAAUUACUUUCUUCUACGGAAUGGGAUUUCUAGAACAGAAAAGUCUUGGGGAAAGCACAGCAGAGAUUAAAAAGAAAUUAUUAUAUGCUUAUAUGGGUGAUUGCAUGUACUGGCCGCCAGUUCAAUUUAUUAAUUUUUAUUUUUUACCUACACAUUACAGGGUUGUAUACAUAAAUGUAGCAACAAUGAUAUUUAACAUUUUCUUAUCAUUCAUGAAACAUUAUGACCAAAAAACUCAUUGA